UAGAGAUGACUGGCGACACACCUAUUUUGAAUUCAAAUGCGAGAUAGGCAUCGCGGUAGAGAGAAAUAGAUUAAUGGAAGUUGAGUGUGAGAAAGAGCUAUUUGCUUCCAUUGUAGCAACCAUCAAUGCUUACACAGGCACCGAUCCCCUCCGUCCAUGGCUCCAAGGUAUACGACGGUUAAGAAAAUCCAUUCCACCCCAUCUCCUGAACCAGAAGCUCCCUCGCUUCCUCCAAAAAUGCGUGCAGACCUUCCAAUCCGACAGGCGUUAUCGCGACGACCUCCGAUACCUCCAAGUCUGGAUCCAACUGAUGGAUUUUGUGGACAACCCUGGGGAGUUACUUCACUUGCUGGAGAAAAAGAAGAUUGGGGCAAAACAUGCUUUGUAUUACCAGGCUUUUGCCUUGUACUAUGAGAGGCUAAAUAGAUUUGCUGAGGCCGAAAAGAUUUAUCAGCUCGGUGUGCAGAGGCUGGCAGAUCCUUCUGAUAACUUGCAGAAAUCAUAUGAACAAUUCCUUCAACGGAUGGAGAAACGAAAAGUGAGAAAAGCCAGACUGCGAGGAUCAAGAGUAGCAUCAUCUGCUAUGAAACAUCUGUCCAGUUCUAGGGGGAUGAGCCUUGUUGAAAAUGAUACACAGCAACCUAUUGAAGUCACAUGCAGAACAUCUGGAAAUGAGGAAGCUGUGAACUCAUAUAUAUGCAGCGAUACAACAAUUAUAGUGUCUAAGUUUGUGGAUUCUGCCAUUGUUGGCAAAUCUGAGGAGGUAGAAGAUGCUUGCCACCAUGGCUUAGUAGACCCUACAAUCAACCUUAAGGAAGCGAUGGAUGACAUAAACAGCAUGUUCCAAAAGCCUUUGGACAUACAAAUCAAGAACAGGAAGAGAACACAUCAUACUCCAUCCAAGUCUAGGAACAAAGUAACUACUGGAUUUGAGGUUUUUGUUGAUGAUGGCUUUCAGAGAGAUUGCCCUAUAGAGAAUGAGAGAAAGGAGUGCUCCAAUAUUGGGUCAUUGGCUUCUCAAUGCAGUGAUGUGACAGUGGUGGUUCGAAAAUUUGCGGACUCAGUAAUUGUUGAUGAAUCUAAUGAUGCAGAGGGAGCUCGCCAUCAUGGAUUAGUUGAGCCUACAAUUUGCACCAAAGAAGCCCUGUCUGAGAUUAACCAAAUGUUUGGCGAGCCUCUUGAUUUUGAGAACCCCAAAUCGAAGAAAGAACGCACCAGAACUGAAGCAGGCAAACCUUCAGUUGGAAGCUUGACGAUUUUUGUCGAUAAUUGUGAUGUUGGUCACAAACCUAUUGGCAAAUUCAAUGCUCAGGAAUUUCUCAGGGAGGAGGGUCCUGUUGGCAAAGUUCCAUCAGUUCAUCCGACAAAGGACUCUAAAAUUCCUAUACCACUGGCCAUAUAUAACGAAAGGGAAAACUCACCACCUCCCGAGUAUGGUGAGAACACAGUGGUCUGCAAAUAUAUAGGUUCAACAAUACUUGGGGAUUCUGAAAUCGAGAAUGUUUGCCACCAUGGAUUGGUGGACCCAACAGUUAACCUCAAGGAAGCCAUUAAAGACAUAAACAGCAUGUUUGGUAGGCCUAUAGACUUUACCAAAAGCAAAAAGAAUCACCGGCCAAGCAGAUCAGUCCCAAAAGAGCAACCAAAUUGUGAGUUUUCUAUUUUGGCCGAUGAGGAUUUGGAACCUCAAAAUGCAAGUUCGAGUGAGAGGUCUGGUGCUCAAUGUGACCUGUUUGAGCCAACUGUUUUCACUAAAGAAGCCCUGGCUGAGAUAAACAACAUGUUUGUUAAGCCGAUGGAUUUUUAAUGACUUAGCUGCAGUUUAUGCUCUUUCUUGGAGCUCUAGCAGACCUUAAUCAACCCAAGCUGUGUGCUGCAUUAUUUUGUAACAUCAAAUGUACGGAUUUCUUGUGCUAUAAACUACAUGGUGUUAAAUAAUACCAAUUUUGUGAAAAAUCAUGAAAGAUUUUUGAAGUCA